AUGUCAGUCCCUUCGAUUGCCUGCAUAGGUGUUAUUGGCAAACAUGAUAACCCCCUUCACAUCGCGCUCUUUCCGCCCUAUGAAGGCCAGAAGUCUGCCCUCUUAGACUUCUCUUUCCUUCUCAAUGCUUCACUAGACAUUUUCGAUGCCCGAUCCCGUGAUCGAAAUCGUGUGGAUCAGGACCUCGGCAUGCUACAGGCAAUUGACGAAAGGUUGAGCAUUUGGGGCUGGCAGACAGGGACGGGCGUACGAUUCGCAAUCAUUAUAGACACAUGGGGGAAAGAAGGGAAGCCGGUCAUAAAGAGAAAGGGUACUAAUGACUCUAAGGAUGGGAAAGGUGUGGCCGGUCGGGUCGUGCAGAACGCAGACAUGAAGCCGGCAUUCAAAGCUUUGCAGACGGCAUACAUCAGACUACUACAGAAUCCGUUUUUUACGCCAGAUGAGCACACUCCAAUGGCUGUGGCUCAUGGAAGGGGAAAAGGAGCGGAGAUCAAAAGUAAGAAAUUCAUCAACGAGGUUCAGCAAAUUGGGCAAAGAUGGACAACGGGGCUCAGCACACUUUGA